UCCCGAGUACUUCCGAUCGACUCAGAGAAACGGAACUUUGAAUAAUUUUCCUCUACGAAAUUUCUUCAACACUCGAUCCGAUACGAAAAAGGAGAAAUUCAGAAGUUUUAAUGUUUCGACGAUCUCGAGUUUUAUAUAUUUAACGUGGAAAUCAACCGCGUGAUGUUCGAUUUAUCGAUCACAUCUUUUUAGCAUGUAGUACGGUGAUAUCCCGUUAUUCGAAGUUGUCAAACCAUCUCAACGGGGCCUUUGUUACGCACCAGCAUAAUGUCGCAAAUGGACGAAGAUGACCCAAAAAGUAAAGAGAACUGGACGGAGAACGAUCUUAAAGAAGCCAUCAGAAGGAUCAAUGCGGGUGAAAUGAAUUUAAAAGAAGCUGAAAACGUGUACGGUAUAUCGCCUCGAACCAUACAUCGUCAAAGAGCUAUCGAAAACAUGAGAGCUCAAUUAAAUCCGGAAAAGGCGAAAAAACUGAAAAACGUCAAUAACGCCGCACCUAAAAAAGAUGUUACGCUUUUACGUAAACCUACAGAUAUAAGUUGUACCACGUUAACCGAUGUCGUUAGUUUGCUAUCUACAGCUACCGAAGAAGUGAAACAGCUUUUAAACCACGAGUGCGAUUUAAUAUACGAGUGUAAAGUAUGCAAGAAUCUUUUUCGAAGCUUAGCUAAUUUCAUUUCGCAUAAACGCGUUUAUUGCGUUGAUUUAUACAGCGUUAUACACGCACGAUCGGACGAGAAUGACGAUGAAUCGGAGAUAACCGUCGAAGAAAGGCUGAAGGAGAAAGAAAACAUGAAAGAAUUUACAGCCAAACCGUUCAGAGUUACUUGUAGAAAAGAUCUUACCACUGUAUUGAAACGAAUCACAACCAUGUCGGAAUUAUUACCUAGCGAGCCUAUUUUGCAUUUGCAAACCAUCGAAAAUACGCCGAGUGCCUUUCAACAAGUAUUAUUCUCCAAUGGUAAUGGUAACGAAGUAGCUAUGCCUUUCAAGUCGGUCGAGGUUGUAGAAACCAACGAAUCGAAGGAAAAAGAAAAUAACGAAGUUGCAGCUGCUCCAACUCCGGUCGAUACCACCGUUCCAGUAGAGAAAGAGAAGGAGAAGGAGAAGGAGAAAGAAAAAGAGAAACCAAAACCAUCUCCUCCGCCUCCAGUUGAGAAAUUACCGGAGAAAACAUCAACUUCUACUGAAAAGCAUUUCGUGGCGGAAAAAAGAUUCCGGUGUCCGGUUUGCUUCGCUAAUUUCACUUUGAAGAGAUCUACGUUGAGGCAUUUGAAAUCAGUUCAUCAUAAAUCCGUAGACCAAGUGGAGAAAUUAAAAUCGCGAAUUCAGGUGCAUUUCGUCAGAAUAAAAAACAAUUCGGGUGAUUCGGCGAAUAAAGAUAAACAAGACGACCCUAAUAACCCGAAAGACGCAUCUUGGGGCAAAGAAUGUAUGUCGUGUCAUCGUUACUUCGUAAACAAACCCAUCUACAUGACGCAUUUGAAGAGCUGCCGUCGUAAUUCGGCUCGUAACAGCGAACGCAGCAGCGAAACGAGCUCGGAUACCAGUCCACAAAAAAGCAUACCUCUCGUACCGGUCGUCUCGCUGACACCGAUCACCACCGGUAGUAGCUACUCGUCGAAAUCCGACAGCGGCGAAGAAGACACUCCGGAACCUAUACCAACUACUAGGAAAACCUCAUCGAAGAAAGUCGCCCUGCCUUUAGCUUCGUCGUCUUCGUCAUCGAAAAAAAUCGGUAUCCAAGUCCGCAUGAAUUACUGCAAAGAUGCGGCCUGCGCUCCGAAUAGCGCCAAUGUCACUCCUAACUCGUACGCUACUACCUCUUCUGUGACAUCUCAAUCGAGCGACGAAAGCAGCCGAAGGAAUUCUAUUCUUAGUAUAAUCGGCUGCAGCGAGGAUGUACUUAUUAAAACCAGCGAGCCUUCGAAAGUCUGCCAUAAUACCAGGUCCGGUUCUAAAUUGGCCAGUAUUCUAGAGAAUUUAUACGACAAGAGAAUCAAAUCAGUCGAGAAAAGCGCACCUGCUCCGGCCCCAGCUCCGCCAGUCGUCGAAUACGAUCCGGCCAAAAUUACGAUAUAUUGUAACAGUUGUCGCAAAGUGUACCCGAUUAAUGAAUUCAGCUGCGAUGUUAGUCAAGAUAAUAGCCGAAAGUACUACAAAUGUGCUCUUCGCGAUUGUAACUUUCAGUCCGAUAACGUCGAUCAGCUAAUGCCGCAUUUAUCGUCGAAUCAUCCGGCGUUAUCGGAUACCGAAUUGGCUGCUACGAAAUCGGUUUUUGUAGCCGUGUUUUGCGACGAGAACGGUCUCGACAAUUUGGCCGAUUGUAAAAGAAGGCCUAUAUUUUACGAAAAAGCAGCCACCAGCAUAGCCGAAGACGUGAAAUUAAAGAAGAAACCCAACGCCGUAGUUGAAAAGCCGAAUUCUUCCAACGAACCGACUCUGUCGACCAGUAGCAAUACCACUAUUACCAACGUCAACGAAGCUAAUAGCUCGAAUGCGACUCAAAAUCCGCCUAAUAAGCGUAAAUUACCAUUAAAUGUCGCUAAAUCGAAUCCGCUCAAACGUAAACAAAAUGAAAAAGAGGUAUCCAAAGUGAACGUGGAAAAUUUCCAAAAUAUGCCCGCCAAAUCAGAGGCGAAAGAAGAAAAUAAGCCCGUUUCACGAGCACCGACUGAAAAUGCCCGAACUGAAAAUACCCAUAUAACUGUCAAACGAAUUAAAAAAGCCAGAAAAGACGUGCCAACGUCGCCGGUACGUCCGAAGAAUUUGAAACUGGAGCAUAAAGUUGUCAACGGAGAUAUCGCGUCGGUGCAGGUGUCUUCGUCCGAAGACGAAGAGAACGGAAAGUCUCAAACGAUACCGAAACUCAAACCCAAUCAUAGUAAAACUAUUAUCAAACACCAGAAUAUCACGUCGGUCGAUCAAAAGCCUAGGAAUAGCCCUCAGAAGAUGAAUUUAAAUAUAUUUCAAAGUGAGUUAUCACCUUCGCCGUCUACUCCAGAUUCCGAUAUGGAUCAAACGGCUAUGACCGACGAAAAUUUAAGAAAAUCCAUCAUGACAAUUAUAUUCGGUAAAGAUAUGACUGCCGAGAAAGUAGAGCAGAGUAUUUCGGCCAGAGAUAAAUCGCCUAGUUCGUCUUCGUCCGAAUGUGAUCGAGAUAAACGCUACAGUUUUCGAAUUGCCAAAAAAUGCAAUCAGAAGACCCCGGUUAAGGUCGAGAAUAAAGAAGAUAAAGCUUUGAAACCGUCGUGUCUGAAUAAAGCCAAGCCUUCUUCGAGAUAGCAUAAGUGAGCCCUUAUUUAUUUACCAUUUUGUCCAGUUCAUUCUCUGAUCUUCCUUGCCCGAUUUUCUCAGUGAAACAAAAGGUCGUAUCGCUAAUUAAGAUUAUCAUUUUUUAUUUACCUGUAAUUUAUUUCGUGCGUGAAAAUACUACCUAUCUUUACAACUAUUUCGAACGAUAAUUUUUUGAAAAUUUAUCAUCGUAAUUCGUGAUAUAUUUUUUUAUCCUUUGAAUGUUUGAAGAUCUGUUGCUUCUUUUUUUCGGUUGUAGGUAUAUUCGUGUAAAUAUUCUUGUUGUGUCUUAUUCACGUGAUACGAGCCGAUCUACAUAUUUUGACCCCGGAUGUUUGUAUUACCCAAAGCCUAAAGGUAUUAAAUUCUUUAUUCUAAUAAUAUUAUAACGAAUUGAUUCGUGAUUCUAAAAAAAUCGACUAAGAUUUGUUUUAUUAGCAUGGAAAUUGAUUUUUCUACUAAAAUAUUCGUGUUUUUUGAAACAAAACUUGACUAAAAAAGUUGACCCCAAUUUUUCGACGAACGAUUCGUUCUUGUUAUCGGUUCACAAAGUACAAUAUGCAGAAGUAUUAUCGACGUAAUAUUUUAUGUGUUACGAUAAACUGUUAGUAAGGUAUUAGUUCCUGGCAUAUAAUAUAUUUUUUCAACAAAAACAUCGACGAAAUUCGUCCUCGUUUCGCUGAUGAUAAAUUUGUUGAUGAAAUAUAUACAUAUCUAUGCAUUAUGGAUUAAUUAUGGCGCAUCACUUAAUCACUUGUUGAAUUAUAUGCAUUUUAUAUAUUUAUUUUAUCGUUUAAUGUUUAAUCAUUAUUAAAACUUUUUUUUUUUUUAAACGUGUUAUGUAAUACUCAAAAAUAGUUACGUAGAAUGACUUCAACCCAUUGAUUCUUCCUUUAAGUCGUUUCAUCGUCGUUUUCCGAAGAAUACGCGUAUUAUCGUUAUUCGUUAUACUUCUACCUGUGUAUAAUAACUACCUAUUUUAUAAUUAUUUUUCGUAAUUUUUGAUUGUGUGUUUCGUUUUUUUUUUCGCUCUUUUUUUUUGUUCUACUUUGCCCAAAAGUAGUACUAAUUGAUAGAGUUUUCGUAACGUUGACGUUGAAAAAAAAAAAACGCAAAACAACCAGUGAGUUUAUUAUUAUUGUAUUUUCUCGUAUACGUACGUUAGGUUUUCUUAUUAUGUUUAUUUUUUUUUUCAAGCAUUUUUUUCGUUUCUCAUUUCGUUGUUUUGUUAUUUACGUUAUUUACGAUUACGAUUUUUAUUGUAUAAGGCGUUGUAAAUUCGACAUUAUUUGUAAGGUUUAUUAAACGAGAAAGAUUAUUAAAUUUCAUUUUUCCGAAA